AUGAGUAGUGCCACGUCCGCUAGCGCGCUGGUGACUCACGCUGCUCACGCUGGCGCACGACCUCGAAUGAGUGUACCUCUGGGCAGCCCCUCAUGGACGUCUCCGCGCGCGAAUCGCGGAGCGAAGUCACCUGCCAAUGACACUAUUUUGCUGUACACACGUUCGCACAUUUGGCUGCGCGUUCACAAGAAGGCCCAGCGAUGCGAGGUCGGGAUCACACGGACGGGAGCACAGUUGGUAAACUCGGAGAUCACGCGUGUGCAGCUGCCUUGCGUUGGGGCUUUUCUCGACGCUAAUAAGGGAAAGGCUAAGGACCCUCGGUACAGGCGAUUCGAUAGAGGCGAUUCACUGCGGGAGAGCGACGCACUGAACAAACGCCUUGAACGGCGAAAUGCCCCACUCCAUGCACCAUACGGUAGAGCCUUGAGCGGCCAGGCCAGGGCAGAAGCUCUCUCUGGCUUGGUGGGAGAGAAUAUAACCGCAGGGUCUUCCUCUGCGGGAAGCAACAACUUUAGAGGCAAUGCUACUGGAGGACGUACAUUUCUCAGUUUCGAUGACCUAUUAGAAAAUCCCCGACUUUUGGAGGAUCUAGACAAAGGUGGGCCGUUAAGAAGUGCGCGUGGUGGUGUUUUCUACGAGAGUCCUGAGAGCAAAGAGUAUUCCGAAACGAAGGAGUUAGCCUUGAUCGGUGACGGGCACGGUCGUGACGCGUUUGCUUCGGCACCCGCUGCUUCAGGUGGAGGCAUACGCGCCAUAGGGCCUUAUUUCACGUUAGAAGGACUGUAUUCACAAGGAAAGAUUCGGGUGCCGCUCAGUGGGGUUGUAUCAAAAGUGAACGAACGACUAGUCAACGAGCCCUGGCUAGUUUCUCAAUCUCCCGAAGCCUUGGGAUGGCUCUUUGAGCUGCGGCUCGACGGGAUUCCCGACUAUCUAUACAAAAGUUGGAAGGGCGCAGUCCAUCGCAGAAAUGUGAAACGUAACGAGGACGACGCUGACGAGAACGGAGGUGGCACAUCCCUCUCUAUGACAGAUCUUCUGGGAGUGGAUGACGGUGACUUGCCGGAAACACUUUCGACUCGGCCUGAAAAAAUGGCUUUUGUGUCUGUAGGUGGUAUGCAUACAAUGGACAGGUUGAACCGUGACGCUGAAAUCACGGCUACUGAAGAGGAUCGACGAGUUGCCGCGAACCGCCGCAAUCGCAGUAAGUUCUUGGUGCGCAGAGACUACAUUGACUUUCUUCGCGAGAGUGCACAUUUACACUUAUGACAACAAGAACUAUCCUUAAAGUCAUUGUUCUUUCUUGUGGCAUUCUUUUCGUCCAACUCCAAGAAGGAGCUUCACUUCACACGCAUUGUUCACAAUUUACGCUUUAGCUACGAGUCGAGGUUUUUCGCACAAGCAGCAAGUAGCAUUACUAGCAACGUUUUUCAAGUUCAAUGCCCUUGUGGAUAGUAGUAAUGUCUAAGGACUGAUGCCAAAAGCUGCGUCCGAAAAGGCAGUGCAGCCUUGUUGGCGAUUGAUCCGGAUACGUGGCAGGGUGCACACUUCAUCUCUGUUGCCGGUGCCGAAGAGCUCAUGGGAGAAGAUGAUAGUGACAUUUCGAACUUUCUGAAGCGGGAGCUUGCACUCACGGGCGUGGCAGAGUUCGAAUCGCUACUAGUAUUCCCGCCUGAAAUGGAUGCCGCAAGCCGGAGUAGGGUACACCGGCUUGCGCGACAGCUUGGUGCUGCAUCCGCCACGAACGUCGAUGAAGAUUCUGGCGCAAAGCGCGUAUUUGUGAUGAGGAUAAUGGAAAAUGAACGCUGAGCGCGACAUCUGUUUUCUUGAAUUUCAACUUGCUUUUGAGUAAAAUGCAGGAAAAUCGCACACGCAUCGAAAACGAACGCAACACUGAAGUGGC